AGUUGUACGUCAUCAACAUGCGACGGUUUGGUUGUUUAGCAUAUGGUUUAGCGAGAAAAAGAAAAAAUGCGACAACGCUGACAUGGUCAAUGUUACAACUUUUACAACCGCUUAAAUUAAGGUGUUUUUUAAAAAUAUAUAUUUUAAGAAGAUAAGUCACUUGUUGCAUUGUCACGGGGAAACUUGAAAAUGUCUCGAUUCGGUAAGAAAAACGACAUUCCUGACAGGUGGCUGGAUUACAAAGCUGUCGGCAAACGACUUAACGGGACCCGUUUUGUUGCCUUCAAAGUUCCUCUCAAGCAGGCUUUGACUCGCCAGCUCCCGCCCUCCCGGGCGUUUGGGCCGUGGGAGCUGCUGGAGGCCAUCAGGGAAGACCACCAGGAACUCGGUCUCAUCAUCGACUUGACUUUCAACAAGUGCUACUACCAGCCGCAGGACCUGCCGGCGUCUCUGUCCUGCGUCAAAAUUUUCACCAAGGGUCACGUGGUGCCCGACGACGACACCAUCUUGGCUUUCAAACAAGCGGUGCAGCGCUUCUUGCGGGACAACGCCGAUAACGACCAGCUGAUUGGCGUCCACUGCACGCACGGCCUUAACCGCACCGGGUACAUGAUCUGCAGGUACCUGAUCGACGUGGCCAGGAUGGAGCCUGCGGCGGCCAUCAAACUCUUCAACUCGUCCCGCGGACACGAGAUGGAGCGACAAAACUACAUCGACGACCUUCACAGCGCGCCCAAGAGAAGUAACAAGGGCAUGGACAAGUGUGUGCUGAAGUUCAUCAGGGGCACCGCCGUCGCCCGGCCGCCAGACCAUCGGGACCAGAGACAAGCUUACGAGCAAAGGUUUGACCGCCCCCAUCACGACUACCACCCCCCCGUAUAUGACGCUCCCCACCACGGCUUCCAUAGACGUGGUCACCCCGUACAUGACGCCCCGCCGCAUGGCCGCUCCACAUAUGACGCGCCUCGACAUGGCCGCCACACACGGCGCCCGCCGACAGCCCCCGCCUCGCAUCCUCCCUUCCGCCCUUCCGCAUGGCUGGCGCCUCAUGCCGCCAACAAGUGGGAGCCACCCAGAUAUGUUCAGCCCCCGCUGCCGCUCCCAAACUAUACCCCCAAAUGGGCCCACCACUAUAGCGUUGACGGACAGGACGGAGGGGCGGGGCCAAGUUGGCCACGCGCCAAACACACCAGGUUUAACGACUUUUAGUCUUCAUUAAUGUUGUUUUUGUAAUGUCCUAAUGAAUUGGCCAGGCCUAUUAUUGGCUAGAAAAGGACUUAACGAGCUUCUAUGCUGGCAUUAAUGUCCCAUUGGGUUGAGUUUUUCCUUGCCCUGAUGUGGGAUCUGAGCCGAGGAUGUGGUUUUGAGACACUCGUGAUUUAGGGCUAUAUUAGCAAACACGGAUUGAUUGAUCAGUGGGAAAGUCACUUUGUUUUACUACAUGUGACAAACUGUUCCAGGAUGAAAAUCAAUCAAUUUUUACUUAAAUAGCCCGAAAUCAGGAGUGUCUCAAAGGGCUGCACAAACCACGAGGACAUCCUCGGCUCAGAUCCCGCAUCAGAUGACAUCCUCACAUUGACUUUUGCUUUGGAUGGAAGUUCAGCAAGUGAAAAUAUUUUGUAUGAUCAGCCACUAAAGGCGUUUGUUUACUCUGUCUCACAAGUAUGCUAACAGUUAACAUGCAGAUUUUUUUCCCCCCCAUAUAGCUUUAUUUAUAAAGUUCAACAUUUACACACAUAAACAAUGAACGAUUAAAACAAGUACACAAACAGUACAAUACAGCACCAGGGGGUUGUUAAUUCAAUAAAGUCAUUAUAGUAGAAUGUAAAAUAUACAGUACAGGCCAAAAGUUUAUUUUUUAAGUGUUUUUUUUUUUAUUUUAGUGGAAUUUUAUGAACCUUUAUUUAUAAACUACUUAUAAACAAAUCAGCGCCAGGGGUUGUAAACUCAAAAAUGUAUCUAAAAUAGAAAGCUACAUUUAUAUACAUAUAUAUAUAUACAUAUAUGUAUAUAUAUACACUAUGUGUGUGUAUAUGUACACAUAUAUACAUACAUGUGUAUAUAUAUAUACAUACAUAUUAAUGUAUACAUAUAUAUACAUAUAUACUGUACAUAUAUACAUACAUAUAUGUUUAUACAUAUAUACACAUACAAUACAUGUGUAUAUAUGACUUUUUUUUUAAACUUUCAACGCAUACGUUUCUAGAUCAACUUGUAGGAUAUUUUUGAAAACCAAAAAAUAAGAAAUUAGAGGAACAAAAUGUGAGAAACUACUCUUAAGUUGAACGAGUGCAAGUGUGUAUAAUUUUCAUUUUUUUGUUGUUUUAACAUUUAUUUUUUUAUUGAAAAACAAACAUACAUUUAAAAUUCACACAAAAGUCAAGCCAUUUUCAACAUUAAGGCAAGAAAACUAAAUCAAAUAUAGAGAGUAAUAAUACUAAAAAAAAAAAAAAAAUAGGGGAAAAAAAAAAGACAAAAGGG